UUCUAAUUUAGCCAAAAAAAAAAAAAAAAAAAAAAACACAAAAGAAGAUGGUUCUGGAUAACACACUUUCAAUAAUUCAACCAAAUUACGAUCGUAGAUCUGAAAUAACAGCAUUCGACGAAACCAAAACCGGUGUCAAAGGACUUGUUGAUGCCGGAAUCACGGAAAUCCCACGUAUAUUCCACACGAAUUCGAAUGAAAACAUAUUUAACGACUCAUCCGACGAACAGUUGCUUCUUCCAACUAUCGACUUAGAAGGAAUAGAUGAAAAUCCCAUAAGACGAAAAGAGGUGAUGCAGGAAGUGAAGGAUGCAUUACAAAGUUGGGGGUUCUUUCAAAUUGUGAAUCAUGGAAUACCAAAUAGUAUGUUGGAGGAAAUGCAAAAGAGUGUUAGAGGGUUUCAUGAGCAAGAUGAUGCGGUGAAGAAAGAGUGGUACACUAGAGAUGUGAGGGGGAAAGUGAUUUACAAUUGCAAUUUCGACUUGUAUGCUGCGUCGGUUACUAGCUGGAGAGACUCAUUCUAUUGCCAAAUGACUCCUGAUCCUCCUCAACCGGAUGAGUUGCCACUGCCCUGCAGAGAUAUAUGGCCACAAUACUCAAGUUGUGUGUUAAAACUUGGAGGUUGUUUGCUUGAGUUAAUAGCAGAGGCUCUUGGGCUUCAUCCUAACCACCUUUUGGACAUGGGUUGUGCUGAAGGACUUGCUAUUCUUGGCCAUUACUAUCCCCCUUGUCCACAACCAGAGUUAGCAAUAGGCAUCCCCAACCAUACGGAUAACAGUUUCAUCACGAUUCUUCUCCAAGACCAUGUUGGCGGCCUCAAAGUGUUUUAUCAAAACCAAUGGACGGAUGUUCCUCCUAUCCCUGGUGCUCUAGUAGUAAAUGCGGGAGAUAUGCUACAGUUGAUUACAAACGAUAAGUUUGUAAGUGCACAACACAAAGUGAUAGCAAAUAAGAAUGGUCCAAGAGUAUCUAUUGCAUCAUUCUUUUCAACAAGCUCAAUUCCAACCAUGAAAGUGUUCGAACCAAUCAAGGAGUUGCUAACGGAAGACAAACCAGCCAAGUAUAGAGGCACAACGGUGCAAGAAUAUGUCGAUUACUACAGGGAAAAGGGACUUGGAACUUCCACCCUACAAGAUUUCAAGAUUUAACAUGUGUAUAUACUUUAUGGUUUGAUAUUAUGACUCCCAAAUGAGGAUUAUGUUCAUGUUUAUUUCAUUGUCAUAUAAUUUCCUUUUCUUUCAAUUUGUCGGUGGAUUAAUCUAGCUAGACUUGAUCGAGUCGUUUGGUAUAACCACGUCAGAUUCUCGUGUUGUAAUUAAUAUAGUACGUUCUUGUGUUGUUCUUGAUUGUA